AUGGGGAGACCAGAAGAGCACACUAGUGAUGCUGAGAUUCUUCCUCUGCCGAUGUCAUCGGGCGCUUUCGAGAAGAUCCAGUCGACAUGGAGCUUCCCAUCUGAGCUGCUGCGAAUGAUGCUUAGCACCAUGCCUCUGGCCACGGAAUUCGAAACGGAGAGCCAUAUAGGAAGUGUGAGCGGCCUUCUUCAGGGCCUCCAAGAACACGAAGCUCAGAGACUGCUCUCCUCGCUACAGAAGUCCAUUGAUGUAGCCGAGGAUCCCCUUCUCGUUGCACUCAUCCUCUUCGAGAUGAAAAUCCAUUUCUUCGCGUUGCUCCUAGAGAACCGAGCGAGAGGGUUAGAAGACCUAGAGGAAUCGACAGGCAUGACACACUUCAACACACAGAGCAAGGAGACCGAUGAAGAGAGGGCCAAGAAGCUGAAACGACUGAGCUUCAGCGACAUCACUCAGAAGCUUACAGGUAUCGCUGGCACACUUGCGUUCUGUGAAAUGACCUUCGAGUCCUGCCUACAAGGCAUGCUUGUCGCAACGGAAUGGCGCAACAAGAUCAUCAACCACUCGACCAAAGCAGAGAAUGGUUGUCGCUGGAAUGCUUGCGCGAGUAUUGAUCGGCGCGUAGCGUAUAUAAAGAGUCUGGCAGCUGGUGCAAGAGCGCACGGGAGAGUCUUGGAGGCGCGAAGAGCCGCGCAGGUCCAAACGGUAAAGUCUUCCAACAUCAACCCGAGCCGGCAGAUAUGCCGAGGGGACUCGCACCGCAUCGCCGAGAUCAGCUACCAAGACAACGCCGCGAUGAAGACCAUCGCCCUCCUUGCACGGCGAGACAGCACCGACAUGCGCAUCGUCGCAUGGGCCACGCUGAUCUUUCUGCCGGGCACGUUCACAGCCACGUUGUUCAGCUCGACCUUCUUCGACUUCCUCCCAGACGACAAUAACCCGCGGAUCGUGUCAUGGUGGAUAUGGCUGUAUUGUCUCGUCACCGUGUUGAUCACUGGGCUUGUGCUCAUCGGAUGGUAUCACUUUUCAAGGAGAAGCAGAGCCAAGACACAGGAUGGAAUGGAGAAAUUGAAAAGCAGUGACGGUUUGGACAAAUUCGGAACUCGGGGUGCAUAG